CAUUCCUUCUCUUUUUUUUGGUUUCAAUGUCAAAAAGCUUUGUUCCAUGGAAUAGAUGCUAAUUUAUGGUAAAAGUUGCCAUUUUCAGUGUGGGACUUCCAUGAAAGUCAUAUUUACAUCCUCUUAAGGUAAGAACACUGAAAACUUUUUUUUUGCGCUGUUAAAUUUGAAUGAUUGUGCUUCUGAGAGCAUUUGACAACUGGGUUAUUCUUAUUGAGAUUGUAUUAAAGAAAAUUAUGGGUUUUGAUGGGUUUAUGUUGUUUGGAUGGUCAGUUAGUUCAUGUGAGUUAAUUGGGUAUAAGAAUAAAUUGGAGUUUGGUUGUAAUCUAAUAGUAAACUUGAUUGAUUCAAUUAAUCUCACACUGUUGAAAGAUGAAGUUCUAUAGAUAUUUGGAAAUCUGAGUAUGAUCUUUGAACCGGAUCCAAGAGCUUAAUAGGGCCACUAAUGGGGAUUCUGGUUUUUGCAGUUCCUGACUUUUAUCAAGUUGGGUUUUUAAAUCUUAUUAAUGGGGGUUUCUGAUAUUUCUCAAAAAUUGAUGUUUGAGAUUUUGUGAAGAAACUUCUUGAAGCUAUGUUUCCAUAUUUUCCUUUCAUUCUUGGAGAAAUUGGAUUUUUAUUGUUGCCACUUUGAAGGCCUGCCGUGGGAUAAAUUAUGCAAUUAUUUGAUUGUAGCUUCUUGUGGCUACUUGGUCUAAUGUUGUGAGUACAAUUAUUUGAUUGAAGAAGAUUUAAAGAAACUAGUUGUGGGUGUAUUUUUUUUGGAUUCAAAUGGAUGCAUUGUAAGUUAUUGCUUCUGCAACACAGAUAGUCUCGAGUAUGGUAGGAGUUGUUGGUGCACUGGAGCAGGCCUCUAGAAAUCUCGAUGAGGCUCCAAAGAGAAUACAAAGCAUAGAGGAAUUUGUAUGUGAUCUUGAGAAUUUGACACACCGUAUUAAGCAUAAACAUAUGUACAAGCUACAUAACCCCCAACUAGACCACCAAAUUCAAAGCUUAAAUGGCCUUAUAGAACAGCUGCAUCCAAACAUCUAGAAGGCAAGAAGGAUCGUGUCAAGGAGUAAAAUUAAGAAAUUGGCUAAGGUUGUGUGGAGUUCUUUAGCAGGGGGAUCCACUUGGGAAGAUAGUGAAGACAAUUAGAGAUGACUUGAACUGGUGGCUUGAAUCUCAAAGAUUGACUGAACAAGUUGAGAAUGCAAUGGAAUCAACUGCGAGAAACAUCCAGGUUUGACUGAAAAUAAACACGGAUCAAGGGUACCCAAUUUCUAGUAAGUGCAAAUUUGUGAGUAGUUUACUAGAGAAAGAGGAUUCCCAUAAGGUCAUUCUAAUAGUUGGCUUAUCUGGUAUUGGAAAGUCAUGUUUGGCUCGUCAAGUGGCUUCCAAUCCUCCAACAAAGUUUGUGGAUGGAGCAGUUGAACUUGGAUUUGGGCAAUGGUGCAGUAAGGCUGCUUGUAAUGGUAGUAAAGCUGAAUACCAAAAGGGCUUGGCAAGAAAAAUUUGUAGAUUUUUUGUACAAAUUGGAUAUUGGAAGAAGAUGAAAGAUAACAGUGGAGAUCUUGAAUAUGUUUGCUGCCUGCUUCAGGAAGCAUUGUAUGGGAAGAGUAUUUUGAUCCUUCUUGAUGAUGUAUGGGAACAAGACAUUGUUGAGCAGUUUGCAAAGAUGUAUGAUAGUGAUUACAGACACUUGGUAACAACAAGAAAUGAAUCAGUUUACGAAAUAACAGAAACUGAGAAAGUAGAGUUAAGCAAGGACGAUGUGAGGGAAAUAAGCAAGGCAGUUCUUCUCUACCAUAGCCUCCUUAGCGAGGAAGAGCUUCCGAGUGUUUACUUGAAUGUUGUGGUCAUCAUCCUCUUACAGUUGCUGUAAUGGGUAAGGCUCUCAGGAAAGAAACAAGAACGGAUAAAUGGGAAAAGGCUAUAACCAACAUAUCCACAUUUGCCGCGUGUGCACCAGGUCUGGUCUCAUAUGCAAAUGAGAAAGAAGCCGAGAACACAGUUACCAUUUUUGGAUCAUUUGAGUUCAGUCUAGAAGCAAUGCCUGAAGACUCCAGUAAGUCUUUUUAUUGCUCUUGCCGCUCUUUCAUGGGUUGAGCCCGUGCCAGAAGCUUGCCUAGAGGCCAUUUGGUCGGUUCUUGGGCAGGAGAGCUUAUUUCCUAUUGUAGUCUGCAAGCUUGUUGAAGGUUCCUUACUAAUGAAAACUGAUUCUUAUCCCUUGUACCAAGCACAUGAUAUGGUCACUCUGUACCUUGAUAGCAAGGUGAAUGAUUCCAUUGAGAUUCUGCUGAGUGAUUCUAUGCCUGAAGGAACUCCAUAUAUCAGCCCUUGGCUUUUAAUUUUUGGGAAGGAAACAAUUUAAGAAGUCGCUGGGCCAAGGAUAGAGAUUCUUCUGAGUGUUUUAGAAGAAAAACAGACGUUUAUCACCUUGGAAGCAAUUAUCCAAGCUUUUAUGGCUAGCAUAUCCAUAUCUGAACUUGAAGCUAGCGGAGCAAGCUUUAGUGGCAUAUUGGGACCGAGGAUUUCAAAUCUGAUGUCAACAGACUCACAGGAUCUGAUAGCAGUGUCUGCAAAAGCCAUCACCAGUAUAUUCAGUAAGAGUGAUUACACUAAUUAUUUCCCAUCCCUUGAGACUAUCGAUGCAGUUGCUAAGCUUGCUCGGAUAUUAGAAAACUGUGAGGACCCCAUGAUCCAAACCAACAUUUUAAAUGUCCUUGCAAAGCUAGCAGAAUUUGGAACCCCUGACACAGUUGAUAAGGUGCUUCAGAGCAUUCCCAUGAACCGGUUGGUGGAUUUGCUCCAUCCUAAUGCUGAGGAAUGCCAUGAGAGCAUAUUUUCUAUAUUGAUGUCAUUAACAAAAGCCGGCAAAUCAAAAGCUGUUGACAGAAUGCUUUCUUUUGAGAUCGACAGAAGUCUAAUAAAACUUCUUGAGGUUGGAUCUGAGGUUGCACAACACCUUGCUAUUGUCACAUUGAAGGCAUUUCAUGAGCUUGGAGAUCUUCCUGCAAAUGGGUCCCUUAAACCUCGUACUCUAAACCUCUUGCCUUGGCAAGUAAGACUCAGUUUGGAACAAAUUGCUAUGUCGGAACGAAAUGUACCCCUUUCACCAAAACCACUAAAUUUUGAAGAUCUCAUUCACAAGAUGCUCGACAGUGAUCACAAACGGGUAUUGGAGGCAAUGCAAGACAUUAUACCAAUCAUUGAGAAAGCAGGAGACUCAGAAGUUAGAGACAUGAUCCUUCGCAGUCCCAUUGUCAAAAGACUAUCUGAACUCCUGCAAAUUGGGCAGCCAGAACAGAACUCAUUGAGAUUUGCUUCUGCCUUUGCACUAAUGAAGUUGGCUUGCUCUGGGGGAGAAUCAUGUAUAAAAAUUUCUGGAGUAUGACAUCAUUCCUGAUCUGAUUAAAAUGAUGCAAUGCAAUGUUCCAGAGUUGCAGGAUUCAGCCUAUAUGGCACUGAAUCAGAUGCUUUUUGGCAACGGUGGGUUCCUCAUUCUGAACAGAAUCCUCCAAAUGGGGCUCAUGGAGAGGUUGGUCCAUUCGUUUGAAAGCAAAUCGGUGAAGACACGAGAAGUAACCAUGCGUUGUGUUUUAGAUAUUGUGGAGUUGGGAAACAAAGCCUGCUUAGAGAGGAUCUUUUCCUUGCAAGUGGUGGAGAAGCUCGUGAGGAUUGAAAAGGGUGGUGGAGGCUCCGGUGAAAGCGUGGUGGGGUUCCUCAGGGGGAUAGAUAAGUGUAAACAUCUCUAUACAGCAGAGCGCAAGGUUAUGAAGCAACAAGUGGUGAGAAAGGUUAGGGCAGCUUUGAAAGGCCAUAAAUUGGAAGUCCAAAUUUUAGCAGAUGUAAAUUCUUCCGUCUCCGAGGGAUCGAGAGUCUCUAGUAGUGGCAACAGUAGUGGUAGUAGUAGACAGAGAAAGUAGUAGCCAGUUUGCUUGGUUUUUGAGUUCAAUGAAAGAGUAUAACUAGUAUUUUUAGCUCACUUUUCAACACAUGGCCAUAUGCAACAUCUGUAUUUACAUUUUACAGUGUCAAUUUAAGCAAUAAAUACAAUUAUACUCAAUUUUGAAAUGUUUUCCAACUACAGUUAAGAUUGUAUUGGCUGCUUCCCUUAGCUCAAAGAGAGUUGCAUGCAACAUCAUUUUGAUUCUUAGUUGCAAAGUAUUUGGUUGUGAGUAUACUAU